AUGAGAGCUACUACAAUUUUAUUGGGAUGUGCCUUAGUGGCCAUUUGUCUUUCCUAUUUACCAAGAGCUGACUCUACUUCAACUACAACUACAACUACAACCACUACCGAGGCUAGCACCACCACCACCACGACCGAAGCUACCACAACAACCACUGCCUCCUCAUCUGACACCACUUCAACAACCUCCAGCAGUAAAGCUAAGAAGACCAGAAGGAAGCACCAUUGGAAGGUCGCUAGCACCACCACCACCACGACCGAAGCUACCACAACAACCACUGCCUCCUCAUCUGACACCACUUCAACAACCUCUAGCAGUAAAGCUAAGAAGACCAGAAGGAAGCACCAUUGGAAGGUCGUGAGACACCCUGGAAAGAAGGUCAUCAAGAGACACCGCAAAGGAGGCCGAAAAUUUGUGAUCUAA